AAGAAUACCACUUGAUUGGCAUAGCCGCACAGGGAAUUGUUUAGAAAUUUGUCGAAACUUUGUUGAGUUUGGUGCUUCGCUUUGGUAAUAACCGGAACCAAAAGCGUUUGAAUGACGACAUGAUCGCAUAAUUUGAUGGAUGAUCUCAACAAACAUCUGGUGUCACUGCGAGGAGCAAGUACUAAGGAAAUUACUAGGGAUGCUCUUCUUGAAAGGGUUUCUCAUGAAAGAGAGCUCCGGAAUUUUGCUCGGCGAGCUAACUCCGCCUCUCUCUUUAUCCAGAGGGUUUGGCGACGCUACAAUGUGACGAUGAGAGUGGCAUUGGAGCUUCAAAAGGAAUGGAGCCUUUCAGUACAUGAUGCUUCUGGGCCAAUGAAGAAAACAUGGAUUUCCUGCUAUUUAUUGAGGCCCUUCCUGUUUUUCAUCACUCAUUUAUCUCUCAGACGCCACACUGUCCAAUAUCAGGAUGUGAACACUAUGCGCAGUUGUUUUGUGAUAUUAUUGGAAAAUUUAAAUUCGACAGACUUAGAUAUAAACUUCUGUUCUUUGGCAAUUGGUACAAAUGAGGAGCAACGAAUGUGGAGUUACCAAGUAAAGAAGCUAGUCUCUUUAUGCUCAUUUAUACUUCUGGACUAUGAUAAUUACUCACAAGGGAAUAGUGAAGUUGGUGCUGUUACUGUAUUAUUGAUGCGUUUGAUUAUCACCCUUGCUGAUUCAAGGGGCUGGAAGUGCAUAUCUGAUGAAAAGCGUGAGGAUGCAGACAUAGCAGUAAAGGAUUUGAUUAGGUUUAUUUGCAGUGAUAAAAGUGGCCUAUAUAAAUCUGUUGGGGGAUACUUGACUAAGUUGAGAGCUUCUUUUUCUUUACAAAGUGUUGUUCAGAAGGAUGAUAGGUUCUUGAUUACCGCCAGUGCAAUAAAUUUAGUGUUGCGACCAUUUCUGGUGUUCAGCACAAAUGAAAAGGAUUCUUCACCACUAGAUAUGCAAUGUGCUGCAGAGCAGUACUGCUUAUUCAUACUUACAGUACCGUGGCUGGUUCAACGUAUCCCAGUUGUGAUUCUUCGUGCUUUGAGGCAUGAAUCUACUUUACUGCCCUGCUUUCAGACUCUACUGAUCUCAAAUGAGAAGAUCUUGAUGGAAUAUUCAAGGAUGGAUCUUUUUGGAGUUUCUUAUCCUAAGGAAAUGCCCUGUGUUGGUUGGGCUCUUUCAAACAUUAUAAGCCUGGUAACAGAGAGUGAAAAUGGCUCCAUUGAAUCAAGCAGUUUCACUGAUGGUGUAGACAUAGUUGGAUAUGUUCAUGUUCUCAAUACCCUCGCUGAGAGGUUCCUUACCGAGAUUGAGAACAAUCGAUUGGUACAAAAGGAAAACCAUGAACUGUCGGAGGAUAGUAGGAGUUCUUUUGGGAUGUAUACAUAUCUGGCAGAGGCGACCUUUGGAUCUUUAAAUUACAUGGACCUGUUGAGACCCGUUUGUCAGCAGUGGCAUCUUUCAAAACUCAUGGUCACAGUAAAGAGCAAUGGUUUCAUAAAUGAGAACGAUACCUUUACUUCUAAGUCAGAUCUUAAACACAUGAAAGUGUUGGGACUGCUUGAUAUUGUUCAUUGUUACUCUUACAUGGUUAGAAUAUAUUCUGCCUUGAAUUUGAUGCUUGGUCCAUUACCAGUUCUAAAUAUGCUAUCUUUUACUCCUGGAUUUUUGGUCAGCAUUUGGGGAGAAGUGGAGCAUGCUUUAUUUCCUGAAGUCGCUCAGUCCUCUCGAGAUGACUUGAACCAUGCUACUGAAAUGUAUGGGAAUAAGUCUGCUGGGGUUUCAAAGAGAAAGCAAAAACAGCCUAGUAAAGAUGGUGCUGCUAAAUGGGUUAACGUAUUGCAAAAAGUUAGUAGAAAAUCCCAGACACACGCAGAUAAUUUCUCUGAUGGGAUUGGUGGUCGAACUGGAGACAGUCAGGGAAACAUCAAUCUAGAUGAUAUGUGGGAUGUUGAAUCUUUAAGAUGUGGUCUUGAAAGCAUUUCAAAGGAAAAAUCAUGUCUAAUUCAUCUAUUUUGUGCCACAUAUGCUCACCUGCUGUUGAUUCUUGAUGAUAUAGAAUUCUAUGAGAAACAGGUUCCUUUUUCCUUGGAGCAGCAGUGCAAGAUUGCAUCAAUGCUAAAUACCCUUGUUUAUAAUGGCUUGCUGCAUAAUACAGCUCGGAAAAAUAAACAGAUUUUGGAUGCAGCAUCCAGAUGUCUACAAAUGCUAUAUGAAAGGGACUGCAGACAUCGAUUUUGCCCUCCUGCUUUGUGGCUUUCACCAGCUCGCAAGAGUAGGCCUCCAAUUGCUAUGGCUGCUAGGACUCAUGAAGUUCACUCAGAUGACAGUUUGACCUUUCCAUGCAUGGGUUCUUUUAUAACUGUGACUCCCCAUGUAUAUCCUUUUGAGGAAAGGGUGCAGAUGUUUAGAGAGUUCAUUAAAAUGGACAAGUCUUCUCGCAGGAUGACUGGGGAACUCAAUGCCCCUGGUGAAAGAUCCAUUGCGAUUGUAGUUCGUAGGGGUCACUUGAUUGAAGAUGGAUUUCAGCAAUUGAAUUAUCUGGGAACAAGAUUAAAAUCCUCUAUACAUGUUUCAUUUGUUAGUGAAUGUGGCCUUCCUGAGGCUGGCCUGGAUUAUGGUGGUUUGUCCAAGGAGUUCUUAACUGACAUUUCAAAGGCAGGAUUUGACCCACAGUAUGGACUAUUCUGUCAGACAUCAACUUCUGAGAGACUACUAAUCCCUAAUACGGCUGCAAGAUUUCAAGAGAAUGGUAUCCAGAUGAUUGAAUUCGUUGGAAGAAUCGUUGGAAAAGCUCUCUAUGAAGAAAUCUUACUGGAUUAUUCAUUUUCACAUGUUUUUGUCCAAAAGCUCUUGGGUCGGUAUUGCUUUCUUGAUGAACUCUCUACACUUGACUCAGAGCUGUAUCGAAAUCUGAUGUAUGUCAAGAAUUAUGAAGGUGAUGUUAAGGAACUUUCACUCGAUUUUACUGUCACUGAGGAAUCAUUUGGAAAAAUGCACAUCGUUGAGCUUAGACCUGGCGGCAAAGACACCAUUGUGACAAAAGACAAUAAGUUGCAAUACAUUCAUGCUAUGGCAGAUUAUAAACUUAAUAGACAGAUAUUGCCACUAUCAAAUGCAUUCUAUAGAGGAUUGACAGAUCUCAUUUCACCAUCGUGGUUGAAGUUAUUCAAUGCCAGUGAAUUUAAUCAGUUACUUUCAGGUGGCAACCAUGAUAUUGAUGUUGAUGAUCUGCAGAAAAAUACACGGUAUACUGGUGGCUACUCUGAGGGAAGUCGAACUGUCAAACUCUUCUGGGAGGUUAUGGCGGGAUUUGAGCCAAAAGAACGGUGUAUGGUUCUUAAGUUCGUUACAAGUUGUUCACGAGCUCCAUUACUUGGCUUCAAACAUUUACAGCCAACUUUUACCAUACAUAAGGUUGCAUGUGAUGUGCCGCUUUGGGCAGCAUUUGGAGGACAAGAUGUGGAGAGGUUACCCUCAGCUUCUACAUGCUACAAUACUCUAAAGCUGCCUACCUAUAAACGGGCUAGUACAUUGAGGGUGAAGCUUCUAUAUGCAACCAACUCAAAUGCAGGGUUUGAACUUUCUUGAGUGCCUUUUGCCGCUACUGAGUCAUGAGGAAACCCAUUAACUAUAUCGAGAAAUUACCAUUUUCCAUGGGAUGUGCUAUCAUAUCAAGGAGAGGGUGGUAGAUGUCAAAGACCACCAAUUUUAAAUCAGCAUGUUUUGACUGCAAGCUCUGUGCCAUGCCAUUAAGUUUGCUGUUAAAUGAAGCAGCAUCCUUGUUAAGUCUUUCUACGCAUUGGUUGCUUCCUCCUCCAAAAAGGGUAAUGGCUGCUGGCAAACAACCCAUUGGCGGUAAGCUUGUUACUCCUAUCCUUCUUACUCCAAGCCCAUACAAUGUCUGUAAAAUAAAUCAAACUUGAGUUAGUGUACCUUUUUAUAGAUAGAAAGGGAUUGUAAAAGAGAUUUUAAACUUUAAAGUGUGCUGUGUUCAUUUGCUUUGAAACGGCGUCUGUUUUGUUAGAGUGUGUGUAUAUAUGUGCAUCAAGACAUUAUUUCA